AUGUCAUUUCUAAUCGGUAGAGAAUUAUGUUUUUGGUGUGUAGAAGGUAGGUUUGAAUUUAAAAAAAAAUGCUAUCAAGCAAAUUCUGUAAUUAUAUUUCAAGCCCAUCAACCUUGUGAAAAACAUGGACAUACGAGAGAAGUUUAUACAGAAGAUGUUUCGAUUCGAGCAUUUUUAUCAGAAGAUCGAUUUGAAAUUGUUGAGGAAAAGAACAUUGUGAAUUUUUGUAGAUUUGUUAAAUGUGAGUCAAAUAUUCAUAUUCCCAAACAUGAGAUUUUUAGCAGAGAAGUUCAGGGUGGCUAUUGAAUGAUGAAUUUUUGAAAAAAAAACUACAAAUUCAAAAAAUCUCUGAAAUUUUUCUACUGACACAAAAAAACACUUUUCAAAAAAGUGACUUUGUCCAAUUCAAAUAUGAAUUUUUCAAAAACAAUUUUUUUUCAGAUUCCGAAGGAAACUUUUGGUUACCUCCAACUCGUUCAACAGCAAUUGUUUCAUCUUUUGAAUUCAAAUCAAAUUUACCACCUCCUCUUCCUUUUUCAAUUCCAAUUCAAUCAUCAAUUUCAACUAUGUCCCUUGCUUCUUCUUCUUCUUCUUUUUCUUCUUCAUCAUUUCAUUCGCAAAAUUCAAAAAUCAUAGUCGAAGAUAAAAAACCAAAGAAACAGAUGAAACAAACAAAGCCAUCAUAUCAAAGACGUCAUUUCAAGUUACACCAAAAUGUUAGUUUUAAACAAACUACAGUAAUCAGAAAAAAAUAUAUGUUAUCUAUUUUUGCAGACAAUAAAAACAGCGCCAAAGAAAAAUUGGAGAGGUCGAAAAGUUGAAUUAGAAAUGAAACAACAUGUUUGUGAUAUUUGUGAAGAAUCAUUUACAAUGAGACAAAAUAUGCAACAACAUCUCGUGAAUUUUCAUGGUGCACGACUUGGUCUAACUCAAAAAAUUGUGGCAAAAAUGGAAAAAUUACGAGAAAGUCAAUAUAAAAUAGUGAAAGAGGUAUGAGAAUAUGAUCUUAAUUUCAUAAUAUUUUUAGGUUUAUCCUAUGAAAAACAAUCCUCACUGGUUUUUCGAUUAUUAUAUCUCAGAGCAUAUAAUUUUUCUACUUUAUUUCAUUUCUUUCAAUAUUAAUUUUUUGCAGAAGUUAUAA